GUUCAAUGUCACGUCGCCGAUUGAAGAAAGUACCUACUACUGCUGGCUGAUAACCGGGAGAGACAGAACAAAACAAAACAGCCGGCAAUCGUUAUCAGGCAGAGUACUCAGCGAGGUAGUCGGUAGCAAUUAGGAUUAGCACAACAAGUCAAGUCUUCAAGAAGUUGCUAAGUAUAACUCGGCGAAUAAGUAGAAUUCUGGAGCACGAGUAGUGAAGCCGAAAACCGAAUCCACCGGCCAGGCAGAAGCUUAUCAACUGCGUAAUCCAAUGAAUGCGUCAUGCACAUCGAGAAGAGCUGAGACGACAUCUACGACAACGAGUCUCGGUGAAGCCAAGUGAAUGGAGAGGAGAUGUGCGCUCAGUGAGUGAUAAGAGACCACUUUGGACGGAGGUCUGCCCGCGAGUUGGUUCGUAAUAAACAUAAAGAAGCAUAAAAAGUGGUAUUUGAUUAGCCCAGAAUUAUGUAAAGAGUCCAAACAAAAAAGUUUUAGAGUGAUAACUUGAAGAGAUUAGUCUCGUUGCUUCCGUGACUUGGGAAGAGCCUCAUGUGGCGAUCCCAGAAUGACUUGGUCGGUGAAACAGUGCGAACAUGAAACCUGACGACGUCCAGCUCAGCUGAAGUUUGCGUGCAAUAGUUGGGCAAGGUCGGAAGGAAGAAGAACAAGUGUACCCGCAGUGAUGGCCGACCCAACGAUCCAGACGUUCUGCUGCCACAACCGGAUCCGGUCACCGCCGGCGGUGAAGCUCAUGGACGAGUUCAACACCGACGGCUACAUUGUGGUGUGCAUCGUGUCUUCCUUUUUCGGAAUAGCCGGAGCAAUCUACCAGAUCUGGAUCCGCAACGAGGCCACCCCGAGUCAGCCGGUCUUUCCACGACGUCGCCACGGCACAACCAGUGGUCCUUCCAGCAUAAACACAGCGACCUCGUCCGGCCACAGCACCGGCCGAAGCAUCAUCGUGUGGUUGGCCGUUGCCGAUCUUUGCGCCUCGCUGGGGGUGUUUUUGAGGUCUGCGCUGUGGAAGUACAUCAGCAACGUGAUUCCCCCGGACAGCGAUCGGGACGACACGACGAACGUGAUCUUCUGCGCGGUCUCUUCGGCGUGGAUUCAGUAUUUCUACAUGUGCACCUGGCUGUGGACGCUUUGCUACGCGAUCAACGUGCGGAGAACGCUGAGCGGGUACGGAGUUGCGUUGAGGACGUACCACGCGUACGUUUGGAGUAUAUCGGCGUUGCUGACGGGGGUUGGACUGUCGGUGCUGUACAUUCCGGAUGCAGACUGUCACAACGUGCACGAUGUGGCCAGUGCCUAUCUGCGGAUCCUGCCCAACUACCUCAUGACGUACGGGCCCAUGGUGACGGUGAUGAUCGUCAAUCCGGUGCUGUACUUUAGUGCCUCGAAGGAGGUCGAUCGGCAGCUGGUGGCUCGCUACAGUCAGAUGACCUCGACCGAGCGGGAUCUCAUGACCAAGUUCAAGAUGAAGUUUUCACUGAUCAACUUUGUGUACUAUUUGUGCUGGCUACCGAAUUUGCUGAACGGCGUGAUCAUCUGGACGAUGUGGUUCGGGUUGCCGUUCCGGACGAUCGUCACGAUAUGGUAUAUUAUGGCCAUAACGAAUCCUCUACAAGCGUUCUUCAACGCAUUAGUGUACCAACGGUGGAACUGCACUUGGCGAAUACGACUUGAUCCAGAAGACGGUCAAACGGCGGAAAACAGGCGCCGAACCCGCCGCUCGCUCGGCCCAUCCGAGGUCACUCCGCUGCUCCAGUCCCAGGUGUUCCAAGGCGCCACCUCCUCGUCGCGCUCCACGAUUCGACUGUUUCCGGACUCGGACGCCGAGCUUAUCCCAAAACCCACCCGGAGCAUCAACUCGUGCACCCUAGUCUAAGACCCAGCGGAAUCUCACCAAUCCAAAACUACUUCUAUUUACUUAGCUGCUGCAGACAAUCAAACACAAAUUAGCUGUUAGAGGGGUUUGAGACGCGCGUGUGACAACUGCCCUCUGGUGAUAGUGUUUUUUUUUUACUUUCUUUUUAGUUCUAGUUACGAAUAAAGCGACAAGUUUUAGAAUGUUUACGUUUUCAAUGUAA